UUAGUUAGUCAAGGAUAAAAAGAAGAAAUAAACACUAUAAUAUAAUUAGCAGAAAAUAUAUUAGAAGACCAGAAUAAAUCUCCAAUUUUACUACUUAAUUCGAUAAGAUUAAUAAAAGAUUGUUUGGACACAAAGAAUGAAUUGAUGGUUGAAGGAUUUUACAAAAGCAAUAUUUUAUAAAAAAUGAAUCAAAUAGCUUUAUUUUAAGCUGGAAAUGAAAAUGAAGAUAGAGGUGAAGAAUAUUUUGGUUCAAAUGUAGAAGAAGAGGUUUAAGUAAUAGGGAAUAGUUUACUAAGACUAGUACUAGAGUGUUUUAUGUUUUGGCCUUUGAUGUUUGAAUCAGAUUAAUAUUAAAAAAGAAAUAGUAUAAGUUAAAUAUUUGAUGAUUUAAAUACUAAAAAUGUUCAUUUUCCUGAAAAUAUAAAUUAUUUUAAGAGUUUCUACAAAUAGCUAAAUUUAGAAUAACAGAACUAAGGAAGUACUAUUCAAACACAAGCGAGUAACUCAAAACAAUUGAGUUAAGAGGCUGUAUAAUAGAUCACUGAAGGCGAUAAUAAAUAAAAUUAAGGUCAAAGCAAUAAUAAUUCUCCUAAGAAAAAGAAAAAAAAAGAAGUAAAUUUAAAAGCGUUGGAAUAAAAAUUAGAUGAAGAAAAUUAAAAAAUGGAAAAAAAUAUUUAGCGUUUAGGAAAACUCUUGCUUGUUCCUACGUAUUUAUAACUCAAUAAGUAAGAGGUGAAGGAGAUCGUAGAUAAUUUAUAAACUUGUUCUUCAUUAGCAAACACUAUUUUUUAAGUUUUAGAGGAAGUGUAAGAUUUAAUAAAUGUAGAGUUGUUGACUUAAUAUAUUGCAUUAAAUGAAAAAACAGAUGAAAUUUUAGUUGACUAUUAGUAACUUAUAAGUAGUAAUAUGAAAUUUGAUGAUUUUUCUAUCAAGUAUGGAAUUACUCCUACGUCAUCAAAUGAAAUAAAGUUAUUAUCUUAAUAGGAUUUGCAAUUAGUUUAGUAAAAGUUUAGCGAUUAUUAAGAUAAUGAAAAUAAAAACUAGUAAUUGUAAGAUUAGCAACAAGAGCUCUUAAUAGUUGAAGAUUUAGAUUUUAAUGGUGACUCUCCUGCAUACAAAAAAAGUAACUUAGCGACAAAUAAUUAAAAGAAUUUGUCAUAGCCUUAAAUAAUAGAAAGUGCAAAGCACUCAAAGUAAAGUCACAGUGUUAGAUAAAGUUUUGAUGUUCCUAAGAAGCAAGAUGCUCAAUAACAGUAAAAUAAAAAUAACUAUAAUGAAAAUUACUAAGAUUUUGAAGUACCUUCAUUAUAAUAAAAACAACCUUCAAAUAGUAAUAAAGAAGAAUAAUAAAAUAAAUCAAAAUCAUUAAUCUAGCUUUAAAAAACAGAUGAGAAUAAAAGCUAAGAUUUAGCAAAUAAAAUCUAAAACUCAAAUGUAUAGACCUAAAAUUAGCAGAAAGCUUAAUAAUAAGUUAGUGAUGCAUUAAUAUAAAAUGAAUAGCAAAUGACAAAAAUAACAAAUUAGUCGAGUUCAAAAAUGGAACAACAACAUAAAAUGUAAGCUCCACCAAACAGCUUGCAUAGAAGCCAUAAUAAUUCUCAGCAAAAGCAAAAUACAGAUAACGAUUAUGAAUAUGAUUAUGAAGAUGAAGAUGAUGUAUAUGAAGAGGAAGAUGAAAAUAAAAGAGCAGGAUCUGUUAAAAAGGAAAGUGAAGUUAAUAAAAACUAAAAAGAAUAGUAAAUUAAUUAAGAACAAGAAUUAAAAAAUAAUUAAUAGCAAAAAAAUAUGUCAUAAAAUAUUCCUCAAACUAUUUAGAGAGUUUCUAAAGUGGAAAAUAGUGAUCCAAUAAUUGAUAAAAAUAUAAUUUAGCAAGAAAGUAAAAAAUAGAGUAAAAUAGAAGAUAGUUAAAAUAACAUUUUAAAAGAAAAGAAAAAUUAAAUACAGACAAAUAAAUAAUAAGGAUAAGGUUCACAACAUUCAAUAUAUAAUAAUGAAGAUGAUUUGAUUAAAAAUAUACAGACGUUAAAUACCGAGCAAUCUCAAGGUUUCACAAAUGAAAAUAAAUAAAAAAAGGUAAAUUAAGAUUAAAUGAAGCUCUCUUAUAACUCAAGAUAAUCUCUUCAUAACAACUCUAUGAGCGGAAGCCAAUAUGACAGAGGAAGAAGUUCUUCUUUCAAACAACUUUUUGAAGACCCAGUUCAUAUUUAAAUUAUGUAAUAAAAUCUGAAGCGUACUUCGAUCCCUAGGGGUCCUACAAAAGAUGAUUAAAAUAAUUUGUCUGUGAAUGAAUAGAAUAGAUAAUCAGGGUUUAUGUCUGAAAAAGAAAAAAAAGAAAUUUAAAAUUUAAAGGAAAGGUUAUAAGUUUUAUCUAAAUAGCUAAUAGAGAAAGAUUAGGCUAUGAGCUUUAAAGACUAAGAGAUAAAAUAAUUGAAAGAAUAGAUUUAAAAUAUGGAUAAGUAAAAUACUGAAAGAAUGACAAAAAUAGAAAAUUAAAGCACUCAAAUUCAUUAUCAGCUUUAGUUGAUGAAUGAUGAGGUGUCAGCCAGAGAUAGUGUUUUAGAGCAGAACUAAAAAUAAAUGAUUGUUUUAUAAUAAAAAUAUGAUUAAUUGCAUCACUCACAUUAAGAAUUGCAAUUAAGAUGCAGAGACUACGAAUCUGAAAUAGAAGAGAAGAAUCAAGAGUUAAAAUACUUAAAACUCUAAGAUUAAAACAAUAAUGAAAAUUUACUAGAAGAUGAUAGCAUAUAGCAACUGAAGAUGCAGAUAAAUUAAUUAAGACUUACCAUUAAUUAAAAAGAAUAAGAAAUAAAUAAUUUUAAAAAUAAAUUAGAAGAGUCUUAAGAAUAGCAUGAAAUAGCUUUAGAGUAGGCUGAGUAAAAUAAUUAGGAGCUGGAAAACUAAAUAGGUGUACUUAAAUAGGAAGUAUAAACCCUUCGUAAUUCUCCUUAGUAAAUUAAUCUCUAAAGAUAACAAAGUUAAGAUAAGAUUUAAGUUAUUGAAGAGUUAAAAAAUGCAAAGGAAAUUAUUAGUUCUUAAGAGAGCAUAAUGAAAUAAAAAGAAUCAACUAUUUAAGAUUUAAUUUUUAAAAAUGGAUAACUCAAGGAGAAAUUAGUAUAAUUAGAGUAAGAAAUUAAUGAAAAUAAAGCUUCUUACAAAAAGAAUUUAAAGUAAUUACAAGAAGAAAACGAAUAAGCGAAAUAAAUUUUAGAUCCUGUACAAAAAGAAAACGCAGAAAUGUUUGAGCUUCUCAAUUUAGCUAAUAUGGAGCUAGAUUAAUUGAAGCAAAAAUUAUAAUUUUAUGAAGGAUAAGAAAUGAGUUAUAAGCAAGAAAAGAGUACUACUAGAGAUCAAAUGGAAAAGCUAUCCAUGGAAAACGUUAGAUUCAGUUGUGAGUUGCAAUAGUAGAAAGAAUUUUUAACAUAAUAAUAAUAGUAAAUCAAAGAUUUGACUUUUAUAAUUUAACAGCUUAAAAAUGAUAAUUUUGUAAUGUCUCAGUAAGUAAAAUCAGGUAAUUCGCUUAUGCAUUCAAAUGACAAAUUAUUCCUUAAUUUACCAGAAGGAGAUAAUAAUAGCUCAUAAAAAUUUGGUUAAGUUGUAAGUUCGCACAGAUCUAAUGCUCCUAUUGCAGAAAAAUAAAAUAAAUAAAACUCAAAGAUAAAUAAUUAAUAGAGUAAAAAGGCUCACUGUGAGACUUUUGGCUAACAGUAGCUAUAAGAAAUGAAUAUGGGAAUACAAAAUACUGAAGAAUAAGAAGUUUAGUACCUCUUAGACGCAGAAAAAAUGAAAGAAUUUUUAGAUUAAAAUUAAAAUAAUCCCUAAUAAAAACUAGAUUAAUAAGAAAAUAUUCAUUAAAAUUAGUAGUAAUUAGAAAGUUUAACUCAAAUUUAAGUUGCUUGUGCUCAAAAUUAACAAGAUUAGGAUUCUUAAAGCUAUAAAUAACUAAAAAAGAAUGAUUCUGAUUAGAAUUUAACAUCUAUCAAAGAUAGAGAAGAGUCAACAUAAAAAAAUGCAAAUAGAGAUUAUGUUUUGGAAAAUCAAAACUCAAAUAAUUAAUCUAGUUCAAAAUCAAAAUUAGCAGUUUCUGAAAAGUAAAAAAAUUAAAAAAGAAAUGAAAAAUAAAUGGAAAAUUUAACUGAUUAUAAAAGAGACAAUAAUAUUUAUGGGUAGUACGAUUCUGUUUAAAAAAGUAGCAGCAAAAAAUAAAAUUUGUAACAUUCCAGCGAUAUUUCAUAGUUUUAUUCUUAUUAAGGAAAGAUAGAUGAGCAUGGUACUCCAAAAGCUCCUUCAGUAAAACCAUCUUUUGUAAGAGAAAUUCAAAGUCCAAGAAGAAGAUCAAUAAAAUUGAGCUAAUAUCAAAGCAACUCUAAGAAUUUAGGAUAUAUGUCUUUUAAUUAAGAAGAGUUUGACAAAAAUAAUUAGUAGAAUGAAGAACUAAAUAGUAAUAGAUAAGAUAUAAAUAGAAUAGAGCUUAUUCCUGAAGUUACAAGUACAAUUUAGAGUGGUUAAAAUACUAUUUACUAUAGUAAUAAUAAUACUAUUGAGUAAGCAGAAAACAUUAAUUUAAACACUCAAAAUGUUGAAGCAAAUCACCUUAACUAAUUAAAAGCAACUCCAAUCAAAGAAAACUUUUAAAAGUAAAAAAGGCUCGAUAAGCUUCAGUCUCUAUCUGAUUACCUAAAAACACAAUCUAAAAAAAAAGGAUUCUCUCCAAUGAAUACAGGACCUUAAGCAAUAAAAUUCUCAUAUAAUUAAACAGCAGAGUUUGAAAUUACAAUGAAUAAUGAAUCUAAAAUGAAUACUCUUCAGUAAGAUUUAAAUACACUAGAUAAUCAAUAUUAGACAGAAAAAAUUAAACUAGAGGAUUAUCAAGACGAAAAUGAUUAUGAGAAUGAAAGUGAAUCAGAAAGAAAUAAUUUAAAUCAUAUAGAUUAGUCUCCAUAAAAUAUUUAGUUAAUUCAGUAUGCUGAAGAUGAUAAUAUUUCCUAACAUAGCAUACCCAUCAAAAUUUAACAAGAUGACUAGAAUGAAUUUGCUAUGGAUUAAAAUUAAUUAGUAGUUUAAAGGACUUAAAUGGAGGAUUUUUCAAGCAAAGUCAGCAAUUAUGAAGAUACUUAAUAAAAUGAAAUGAACAGAUAAAGCUAGCUUUAUUAUUAAUAAUUGAUAUAUCCACACUAGCCUGACUAGUAUUACAUACAAAAAUCAAUGGAAAGUAGCAAAAUAAAAAGUGGAUUAACAAUUGCUUAUGAAGAAGAUUUCUUCAAUAACCUGAAAAUAUUAUCAAAUGAAAAUUUAAAUAGAUUUAAAAAAUCAUGUUUAUCAGAUAAAUCUCUUCUAUUUGAAAACGAGCAUAUAAAAAUUGGUGUAACAAAUCACAACCAUGUUUUUUCUGGCAAAAACUUUGUUAAGCUCUAAAUAUAUAUAUUCAACAAGGAUCUACUUAACAAUAUUCCUUCUUUUAAUCUGAAAUAUCUAAUGAACGAAGAUAUUUCAGUUUGGACUAAACCAGAAAAGUUAAGUGGAGAAAUUAAAAUAAACAAGCACUUAAAAUAAGAUUUGAUAGUUGAUUUAAAUUGUAUUCCUUUUGAAUUCUUGACAGCCCAUUUUUAACUUGAAGUUGAAACAAAUGAGGGGAAAAGAGAGUUAAAUGAGUAUUUUGUGAUGCUGCCUACAAGUCUAAAUAGAUUUAUAAGCUUUAGUUUAAUUAAUGCUAAUAACUUCAAAAGCAAGUGGUUAGUAAAUUAAAUCAAUAGUAUAAAAACAGAGGAGUUUGAAUAUAAUACAAAGAUAAUUAAAAGUCCUUUUGUCUUUUUGAGUUACUUCCUCAACACAGUCGAACUGAAUCCUCACAUGAAAGAGGAGCAUUUGGCUGGUUUACAAGACUAUAAAAUUGGUGGAAUCUUUUAAUUCUACCAUAUGGAUAAUUAGUAAUUUUUAAUUAAAUUAGUUAUAAAGCCUUUCAAUAAACUUUAAAUUCAUUUAUCGCCUUCAAAUGGUUAAUCUUUCUCAGUAGAUUCAUCAAAAUGUUGCCAUUAUUUGCUUUAAACUCUAUAUUUCUUGUUUAAAUACAAUCCAUUAGAUGGUAUUACUUCUGAUUAAAAUGUAGAGUGA